AAAAGAACGAUAACCAAAGACCCAGCUCCGGGUAUGAAGCGUUCUUUUCCAGUAUAAAACCCUAGUUGUCCGGAGAAAACAAGAGAAACUCGGCCAUCAUCAUUCCUCUUCUCUAAAAUUUACCUUUUAGAGAUCCCAUCUUCCUCUCGCCCUUCGUUGAUAUUAUAUCACACAAGGAAGAAAGAAAAUCAUGGCUGAUCAAUUAACUGACGACCAGAUCUCUGAGUUCAAGGAAGCUUUCAGCUUAUUCGACAAGGAUGGAGAUGGUUGCAUCACAACCAAGGAACUGGGAACCGUUAUGCGUUCACUUGGUCAGAACCCAACAGAAGCAGAGCUCCAGGACAUGAUAAACGAGGUUGACGCUGAUGGAAAUGGAACAAUCGAUUUUCCAGAGUUCCUCAACCUUAUGGCACGUAAAAUGAAGGAUACUGACUCAGAGGAGGAACUGAAAGAGGCUUUUAGGGUAUUCGACAAGGACCAGAAUGGUUUCAUUUCUGCAGCUGAGUUGCGCCACGUCAUGACCAACCUAGGGGAGAAGCUUACAGACGAGGAAGUUGACGAGAUGAUUCGUGAAGCUGAUGUAGAUGGUGAUGGUCAAAUCAACUAUGAGGAAUUUGUCAAAGUCAUGAUGGCCAAGUAAGGAGACUGAUCCCCUUACCACUACUAAGGGAAAAGAGAAACAGAAGGUGAAAAAUUUGGCGAAGGGGACAGAACAGGACAGUUAAGUAUAACGAGAUACAUUUUUAUAUCUAUUUUCUUUCAGAUAUAGCAAGUCCAAUCUUCUUAUCCUUUGAUUUCAAACAUUUGGCGUACUGUAAUUGUGUGUUUCUUCUUCUUCUUCUUCUUCUGCGGGUUUAAGCUUUGUUUCUUGUAAUAUUUUUGGAUUCUUGACCUUCUGUUCUCUUUACCUUGGUUAAACUUUGGAACUUAAAGGUUGAUCUGUAUUCUCUUGUAUUUUAGCUGAUUCAAGAAUUAUAUGAGAACCCUAAAUAUUGAUGACUC